GUAGAUUUUUUCUUGGUAGGUGUUUUCCUAUUUUGAUCUUUUAGUACAGCUCGCGGAUUUACUUAAACUCAUUUUAGGAAUAUUGUUCGCUGCUAUUGAUGGUUUUAACAGUGACGUCAUCAGAUUGCAAAGUCAAAAGAGCGAGGUUUUACGAAUUCUUAUCUACACUAGGUUUAAAAUGAAUAGAAAACAAAUCUUUGUAGAAGUUACCAGCACCGAAGCAUGUUUGGUGCGUGACACCAAAAAGGAAUGCUGUUUCGUUGAAAAAGGUCAUUCCUCUUGAUUUUCAGCAGUUUAACCAUUUCAGGUGUUCAAAGAUGUGCUUUUGUGCAUGUAUGCUAGCUCUUGAGUGAAAAGGAAGAGCAUUUUAUAGAAAAAGUGAACUCCAGAUCGUUUUAUUGAUUUCCGGAGGGCAUGUGGACAGUUUCUGUCCACCUAUAUGGCGUCUCCAUACAAAGCUCUAACGAAGGCACGUGAAAUGUUUAGGCAAAUAACUUAGAAACUGUGGACCACAAAGACCUGAGAUUUGGAUAAAUUGUUAGUCUGUUACAACAUUUCAUUUUCUUGGCUUCUUCAACAGGACGGUUUCCAGUGCCGUGUUUAUUGCGUGACAGUGAAAACGAAAAAUUGUCAGAAUAUUGCUACUUUAUCAUAGGUGGCCGUUUUUGUCAUGUCAGCGCUGACAAUUGGUUCAUUAGUCUCGUUGAAGUUCCUGUUUUGGCUUGUUAACCAGCGUUUUAGUUUUUCAUCGGUUUGUAGCUUUUUACUGAUCACAACUACGUAGGUUCAGAAAUACCAAAACAUUACCCACACCGGGUUAACCUUGUUUUUUAUUCCCACAGUCAGCUAACUCAAGCAUGUCCACCUCUGGUCAGCUAUUUGACUUAGUUUAGAGCAAGGAUUGAGUAGAGAAGAAGAGUAAGAAGAUUAAGAUUGUUAGCAGGCGUCAAAGAAGAUAAUAAAUAAAGACCAAGAUGUUAAUAAUAUUCCUAGUACCUCAUCGUGUAGCGAGCGAGUUGAUUGAAUGAAUGUUGUGUCGGUUGAUUGCACGGGGCUUAAGUGCUAGGCAGUACUGUAGUUAAUACGGUAUUGAAGGUGAACACUUGCAAAGUACACUAUAUUGUCGAGACUAAGACGAAAUAAUUAAGGAAUUACCAUUAUGCAUUAUCAAAUGCACUCUCAUCGUCACAUAUCUCAUUUUUUCAGUAUGUCAACACAACUGGAGCUCGAGUGUGUUUAAAGGAGUUGUACAAGUCAAAGUACGACCCUCUCUCUGUGUCAUAUACUGUCUUGUCAGGUAAGAACGGUUUAGUGGCAUUCUUGUUUUAGCAACACAUAGGUUUUACUGAUUACUCACAACUAAUUCAUUAUGAAUGCAUACGGAGAUAACUUAUAUACGAGGGUCAUUUCAUUAAGAGAGGAAGGCGAUCAUUUUAAAUAUUAGCUCCCUCGAAGUCGUUCAAUGUUUUUGCUACUGAUUAUCCCAUGUAGAAAAUGCUCUCAAUUUGGCGUCGUCAGUUUCAUUUUCCUCUUUUCCUCCUGCUAAGCGUAUCGGGCACACAAGCAGUUGGAAUGAUGUUUGUGAAGCUGCUUCGUCCCCAGUCGCUCGCGUUGCUUGCCUCCAUUUCUCGCGUUUCUCGAUUGUUCUGUUCUCCCCACCAAGCCUUGGGAAAGCCUGUGGAGAAAUCACUCUUUAAGAGACCAAAUGUGGGAGGUUUCUAAACUGCACAGUCGUUUUUUAUCUUUAUCACAGAUAUUUGCCAGCCAAGAUGGAGUUAUUUUGGUGGCUACUGUUACUUCACAAGUCGUGCAUGUGCCUCGUGGCUGACCGCUGAGUCAAACUGUUCUACGAUGAGUUCCAAUUUGGUAACGGUUCACAAUCAAGAAGAAAAUGUCUACAUUCAACACCGUCACAACGGAGAGAGAUCUUGGACUGGACUCAAUGACCGAAGUGUGGAGGGCUCCUUUGUGUGGACAAACAAAGAAAUAAGCAAAUUUAGGUUCUGGGCCCCACAGCAACCGAAUGACUGGAAAAACGAAGACUGUGUUCACACUCUUGGCGCCAGGCAUGGUUACACUUGGAAUGAUGUGCCAUGUACUAACUGUUACAACUACACUUGUUUUAAAGGUAACAAGCGUAGCACUAUGAAGAUUUAUAACCGUAUAUUUCUUAAUCUUCAUGUUCCAGAUAGUGAAUCUACUGAGUUAAAACUACUAACAUUCAAAAAGGUCGAACCACAAUUACAGCAUGUUAGGCAGAUGGUUAGGCAGAUUGCAUGAAAAGGAAGAGAGGGUAACACCAAUCAGUGUCAUUAUUAGAAGCAUAGGGAAACAAGUCGUAUACAUUUGCAUUAAAAAAAUGUCCAUUGAUCUAAAAAUGGCCGCAAAAGCCUCAAAUCGGCGUAAUCAAAAGAAGAACGAGAAAGCGUACGUUGAAACCACGGGAAAAGUCGCGCUAACCUCCGCUUACUUUUUAACCCGGUUUUCAACACACCUUUUUUUCAAAUCAUUAACGAACAUAAGUACAUACGUUAACUCAGGGCACGCUUACGAACGUUUUUGCAAGUUCCUUUUUUCAAACAUUUUUUUUUUUGCCUUGCCAGUGUACGUCAAUUACCCAAUUACACCAGAGUAUAUUCUUUUUAAACAAGCUUCAUUAACCAAAAAAGUCAUGUUGUUUGACAAGAAGCCUCUGUGUGCUUACUUUUUAGACUUGGAUGAAUGUACUACUGGUUCCCAUUCCUGUGACGUUAAUUCCGUUUGCCAGAAUACCGUGGGUUCAUACAAAUGCUCGUGUAAUGCUGGGUACACAGGAGAUGGAAAACCUUGCAAUGGUAUUUGAGAUACAGUUGAUCCUCCAUGUGCGACCACUUCUCCUAAGCGACCCAUAGGUCGAGAUGGAGCUACACAUAUCGUAACUUUGAAAUUGCACACAAUAAAUUGUUUUUCAAAGAGACGACCUGUUAAUGUUUGAUUUUUGUAAACGACACCUUCCCGUAAAAGACCUCUAAUCUGAAGGUUCUUAACGAAGACGAGGAAGCCAUUGAAAGUGCAAUGUUUGUGUGCAAAAGCUCAACAGUGUCAUGUCAUUUUGGAAAAAAAGCCUAAAACCAUAUUUGUUAAAACAUAGAUUAAAACAACAACGAAACAAGAAAGAAAAAAAAAAAAGAACAUAUCACCUUAGCGACCAGAUGUAAACCAUCAGGUAGAUUUAAUAUUAGUCAUUCUAACGCUUCACGUAACUUACAAUUCUCAUGCAGAUAUCGACGAGUGUUCUACCAACUCUUACAGCUGUGACGUUAAUGCGGUUUGCAGCAAUACUGUUGGAUCGUACGCAUGCGCAUGUAAAGCAGGAUUCACAGGCGAUGGAAAAACAUGCUCUGGUAAGCUGUUGCGGUGUUGUAAAAAACGCUUCCAAAACGAUGUGUGUGCCUGUAUUUUCUAUAUUCGAUCUUUACAUUUAAACAUGUAGAGAACGAUGGACAUAUAACCUCAAUGGAUAAAAUAAUAGGGACUUUAAGAUCUGGGACGCGACGACUUCUAGAACGCGGUGGCUGAUAAAGGACUGGAGCUGUAGAACGCCGUCGUUUGUGCGCGAAAAGUAAAGUAAAGAUCUCCGUCGCGAUGCAAGACGACGCGGCUGCAAACCGCUCUUUAUCAGUGUGAUUCUUCGGCAAUUCUUUGCAGAAAUAGCCAUGGUAUCAUUUAAGAAAGCCCAAGAAAUGCUUUGUUUCUGCUUUGUUUGAUAGCAUUACCUCCACUUCUUCGUUGACGCUUCGGUUUGUCAUCGCUUUCAUCCGCUGAUGAACCUCUUUUCUUCGUCUCUGACAGCUUCUCCAUCGCCUUUAGUCUAACAUCUUCCGCUUUAACCCGAUCGUAUUGACGUUUUUUGCUAGCUGUUCCCUGUAAUUCCUCUUCGCCACUUUCCUCCAACGCGAUGAUCAUAUCCAAUAGGUUUUCUAGUUCUGUUGGCUCAUCGGGAGUUAUCUCAAUUGCUUUUUCCUCCACUAGAAGUUUCUUCUUAUGCUUGUAAACAACGAUUCCCACGUGGUCUCGGACUGAUCGCUUAUCAACCCUGAAUUUCGGCACGGUGAAUUUGUUCAAGGUGUCUGCUAUUUUUUCCCACAUUCUGCUUCUUUGUGUUUACCCUUUCUUAGUUGUGUAGGGAUUUACAUUGACGACUUCUCUGCAUAGAAUGGCUUCAUGAUCAUGAGUCCAAAACGUUACUGAACUACAGGGAAGCAUAAAAAUACACGCAGUUUAAUAAAAUAAAAUUAAAUAAUACAGGGUUAAAAUUGCCUUUUAGCGGCAGAUGAACGCAAUAAAUCGAGAAUUGCAACGGUACAAGAGACGAGAAGAGUAUGCAGAAGACUCCUGCAUUCAUUAUUUGCAGUUUUAGCUCGUGACUUACUUGCAAGCCUCGCUCGAAGUCGAAGUCGAAGGCGCUGCCAUUUUAUAAGCUUCGUACACCUGAAAGAAAUUUAAAAAUAAUCAAAAUCCUUCCAUCUCUGCGAUCUAAAAUGUCGCCAGAAAUUACGACCAAUGAUCCUAGAAGACUGAUUUUACAUGUUUAGAGGAAUAUAUCAUCAUUUAAUUUACGCACAGGAACAAAUAUACUCACUUUUUGUACAGAACGUCAAACAUGCAAAACUCACGUUCUCGACGCGACGUGGUGACACCAGGACAACGGCUUGAGCAUGCGCAACAUUUCUCCUCUUUUAAAAUUUACUCCCUGUCGCGUCUUACAGCCGUCGCGUCUCGGAUCUUAAAGUCCCUAAUAAUUAAAGUGAAACUAGAAAUACGUAUCUCGCAAAAUUUCACUAAACUCGGUCUUGCACAAUUGUCAAGCUCAGCCGGUUAGAAACUGAUUGGGUGACCAGGCUCUACAAUUAAUCUAUCGUAAGACCUGGGACUCCUUUCUCUCCUGUCUUCUUUUUUGUUUCAUUGUCCUAUUUGAUUUUUAAAUGCGUAUUUUAAAGCAUAUUUAGCAUUAUUUCGGCUUGACCUCAAAUCAAACAUAGAUUUUGGGGACGUUUAAGGUUUUUUUUCCGUAAAACCCAAACUGAAACGCACGUCCGACAAACAUAUCUUAAUGAAUUGAUCUAUGGUAUGCCAACUGAGCAAACAGGGUACUUUGCUGUUAUAUUUAAUAAAAAUUCGCAUUGAAUCGUUAUGCAUUUCAGAAAGGAAAUUUACUCCCUCGAAUACUCCCUCCUACUAUAGCUCGUUCUGCUAUAGAGCUUAGAGGAACUCUCACCUAUAAGCUAUCUUGCGACGUCCUCGCCUUUUGAGAUUCUUUUCUUUCGAAUUGUGUUUAUUACGUGUACUUUGAUGUUUCGCCUUCCGUUUAUAUGUAAAAAAGGCAAAAAAAAAAUGGAUUACCUAUUGUAGUUAAGCAGGGUUAAAGCAUAGAGAAAAUGAGAAUAAAUGACCUUAUUGAUCCGGAGUUUGCUGCAUCACUAAACAAGAAGGCUUCCUCACUUUUUUCGCCAGAUGUCGACGAGUGCUCUACCAACUCUCACAGCUGUGACGUUAAUGCGGUGUGUAGUAAUGCUAAUGGAUCUUACGCAUGCGCAUGUACAGCAGGAUUCACAGGGGAUGGAUUCACAUGCACUGGUGAGCCGUUUGAGUUUACCUUCGUUUGUAUGAUAUGUUCGUUUUUAUAUUGAACAGCAACGACAGCAAUGCAAGAGUGUUUUGUGCUCUUCUCGCUUUUUACAGUUAAAGUUUUGGUUUGGCAGGAGUUUAAAUUAAUUUUAGUAUUGACUGUAUGUAGUAGGCAAAUAGAAAAGCGGAGCCAAGCAGCCAGUUUAUAUCAUCGGAUACGUGGAACGAUGGUGAUUGUUCAAACCUGCGAUCAUUUUUUUAGGCCUAAUAAUAUACACGAAAAAAGCUACUCAAUUCUGAUUGGCUGAGAAAGGAGUGCAGUUCUUCUGUUACACGAGUGCAGAUUACAAAUGGUUUCUGAUUGGUUGAAAACAGAAAAGAAACCACCAAGAACCAAUCAGAUUGAAGCUGUUUUAACAACAAAAUUUAAGAAAAUGGCCUUUGUUUUCAGCAAACAACGAUUUGAUUUCAUGUACGCAAAACAACAAUAGAAAAGUUAAAAAAAAAAAAUCCAAAAACUCAAACACAGUAAAAAGAACAUCUUUCUGGCUAAAUGUAUAGAAAAUGCGGUGCUAAGAGAAAAAUACUGUAAAAAAAAUCGAGGAAAAUGAGCCAGAGAAACUAAACAAGCUACUUAUAACAGACUACGCUAAAGUAGAAAAUAAAGAACGAAAACGGUGGCAACCACACGCAAGCCAUGACAGCUCCACUUUUCAGGCAUUUAAAUGAACAUGAUAACAUGAUAACAUGAUAACAACAAGGACUUCAAGUCACGUUAUUCUUUGUUGGGGGAGAAAGGCGUCCAGUUGCUCUCUUUAAGUCUUUUGCCGAGCAAAGAUCUCUAUUAAAACAUCUAUGCGAUGGUCUGUUUCUUUCUACUUCAGUAGCAAACGAAACCGAAAAUUUAAACAUCUGGUUCAAACUAAACCAAUGUGCGAAAAUACCAUAACUAACAUAAUGAAAGUAUCCGUAGCUGGUAGUACUAGCCUUAACGAAAGUGAGAAAAAAGUUUACGAAUCAUAGUGCAAGGAAAACAACAGUCAGCAAACUGAAGAAAGCACUUAUAUAUUGUAAGUUCAGAAUAUAUCGCGACUGUCACAGGGCACAGAGGUAUAAAUUUCCUCAACGACUACGAUGAAGCCGACGAAGAAGGGCGACGAUGACUCGAUCUCUCUUGCAAUAUCCAAAUGAAUAAUAAAAACCCCAGAGAAAAAGCAAAUAUUAUAUUUAAUACUGGCGGGAGUUUCCGACAUUACAACAACUGUGGCUCCACUCACCCAUUGAUGGCAGCGUCGAAAGAAAACAAAUUUCCUCCUUCAUUUUCGGGUUUUAAUUCUCAAAAAUUUCUCCAUGAAUCCAGCUAUGAUGGGGUCUCAGGUGAAGACUAUCGGACUAUGAUGAACAGUCGUUAAAAAACUGAGCAAGUGUCUUUCAUCUUUGGCUGCUCGAAUUGUUCUCCUGAUUUCAAAACGGCAGUAUACUUCUGACUUGUAAACGCCGAGCUCUCAUAAUCGAGGAUGAAUUUAAAAACACUUACUUUUGCUGAUUUUUCCGUGAACGGAAUGUAUCAUAGAAUGAAAAGAAUAUGACGUGAACUGCUUAAACUGCAAUAACCACUGCCACGAUCAUGACGCUGUUAAUUUGCAAUUGAUUAAAUUGCAAUUACCAUGCACUGCGACGAUCAUAGCGGAGCUCUGGCGCGCGAAGCGCGCCUGCGGAGCACCAUGGGUAAGAAAAUGUGGUAAACUACCCAUCCAAGAAAAUUUGGUAAUCACGUGACCGUACGCCCGACCGUCCGUCCGCACCACAGGCAUACCAAUGUGAAAUAACUCAAUCAACAGGUAUGGUAACCCAAAUGCAACUCGAGGUUAUUUAGGAGGGAAAUCGCAUAGCCACCCGCGUCUGUAAAGCAGAGGCAACUAAAGAGUCAAUAAAGACAAAACCGAAAAGCGUAAAUUGUUUCUGUAUUCGUGUUUUCUAAAGUAUUAAGCUCAGAUUAUUGUCAUGUCCACACAUUUGGAAUAUAGGGCCAGAGAAAGACAGAGAAAAAGAGGCAGGCCAGCGAAACUCAACGAGAAAAAGGGCAACAGAGAUCUAGAGCGAGAGAUAAAAAAACAAAGGAGACCUUUUUGUUUGAAGAACAACAUGAAAAUUUUGUAGCGGCGGUGACAAAAUGAGAAAUGCUAGCUGCCACCAAUGCAAGGAGAAAAUGAGCGGCAGUGAAAAAAAAAAAGUGAACGAGAACACGUACGACAUUUCCUCCAUAAAAAAGUUUCUGGACGUUUCACGUUGUGGUCGUGCAAAACAACGGCAAAGAAAUGUACAAAAAAAGUGUGCUGCACGUGCAAAGUUGCUUUUUUGUUAAUUAGACCUAUUGUUGUUUUUUCUCCGGUCUCCGGCGUUGCCUUCGCCGCUUAGCAUUACACGAUUUUAUAUUUUGUUUGAACAAACUAUAAAUAUUAUUGAGAGCUUCGCUUUUAGCCGUGGCUAAAUCUAUAUAUUAUAAUUAUAUCUUCAUUUAAAUUUGUAUUUGCGAAGUUCACAUCAUCUUUACUCUACGACAGAUCAAGUAUCUAUAAGUAUUAUAUAUGUAAUGAAAUUUACCAUCAACGUAAUAUGACCAGUAAAUAUUAUCUGUUAAAAAUUACUGGCAAUUUGACUGGUGGGACAAUUUUUCUCGCAAUUAAGAAUUAUGGUAUAACCAAUCACAGGCCGCAUCGUAUCGGUUUUCCCGCCUUUCACUGUCCGCUUUCAAAAAUAUAGUUACGUCCCCUUCGGGCACUUCAAGGUUCGUAGAUAAAGUAUCACUCGAGAAAUUUCUCGAAGGACAAGAAAAGGAAAACAGCGGAAAGAAAACUGAGCGGAAUAUGGCUCUAUUUAAGGAAUUUUUAAUGAUAAAAGGCUAGUCGAGUGGUUAUUAGAAGAAAUUCCCGAGACGGAUUUAGCAUGCAUUAGAGAAUGAGAAGACAACGAAGAUUAUAAGCCCAGUUCAAGGUAUGAUGUGAUUGCCAGAUUUAAAAGGUAUUCGAAGAGAAAAAUCACGAAAACAGAAUUAUAAAAGACGUCGAGUUUGAAAAAUCACGAAUGGCCUUUUGGUCAAAACAAAACGGACAUGAAAAAGCUAGGCAUAGUCAACAAGCGGUGUCACUUUUCUCGGGCACUGUAAUUCAAGGAGGCCAAUUCAGAACUGAAUCCAAUCAGCAGCUUGAAUCAAUCCAUAAGUUAGCAGUCCAAGAAUCUUCUACAAAGAGGCACAGACCAUUUAAAGUAUUAGAUUCUGACUCUGAUUAGUUGAAUUGCAAAUCCAUAAACAUACGGCUUAAUUUAAGCCCUUUUCUUGAAACUUUGUAGACUACAUGUUUGUACUUGGUACGUCUUUACGGUUCUGAACGUGUUUGAACAUUCUCACUGAACGUUCAAACUUUUAGUAUUAUGUGAGAUACAGCUUUUAAAGAUCAAGUUUUUUUUUUCUUGGAGUCAUCGAAAACAAAUUUAGACAUUUCAAAAAAUGUUGAAUCCUGCAAUGUUGAUAGUAGUAAAUAUAUCUCGCUCUGCAAAUCGUUGUGUUUGUAUUGACUUUAUCUCGGAUUGAUAGUGUAAAAGUAAAACUUUGUUAUAUCUAUCAGUAAAAAUAGACUAAACAAAUUGCUUCAUGGUUGGUUCCUUUGUACGAUAUUUAUUCUCUGGUUUUGAAGAAACAAUUACUUGCCCGUAUCUAGCUCUUUCGUUUGUGAUUCUUCACAACUCCUGAAUAAAAAUCGGUCCGCACUCACGAACCACAAAGUAAUAUCUAUUUCUUAUAUUUCGAGUAAUUUUAUGUUCUCAGAUGUCGACGAGUGUUCUACCAACGAUCAUAGCUGUGGCGUCAAUGCAGUCUGUACCAAUACUGUGGGAUCGUACGCAUGCGCGUGUAAAGCAGGAUACACAGGAGAUGGGAGGACUUGCAAUGGUACGUUUGUUUGUUUUAAAAAUGAGUCAUUGUACAGCAAUUGCUGAGCCCCGAACCGAGCUACAUAAAACCUACACUUUACUAGUACUGUUUCAAAAAUCUUAAUGUCGAUUGAUUGAUAUUCUUGUAUCUUAGCAUUGAAAUUUAUUAUUGAGAGAGCUAUGCAAAGAACUCAUGUACUGUUAGAAAUCAGUUUUAUGCAAAAAGAAGUUCAAAAGCCUGCGUAUACUGUGUUGUCGUGUGAAACAUGUCUCAAAUUUAUCUGGUUUUAAACCCCACUGUCCUCCAUCUGUAUAUAUGCUGCAUCAAUCGCUGGACUUAGUUUCCAAUAAGCAUCUAAUAGCUUUUUUUAUGAAUGCCGAAAACUGAAUGUUUUUAAUGUUCUUCCGCUAUAAAAUACUCUUAAAAAUAGACACAAUGCAUAUAAAUACUAAAAUCAACUCUUACAUGAAGCCUUGAAAACGUCAAAAAUGUCUGAUACAUCAGCGCCCUGAAUCUCCAUUCGCAGAUGUUGAUGAAUGCACCAGCGGUUUACACAGCUGUCACAAGUUCGCUUCAUGUACGAACACCAUUGGGUCCUUCAGCUGUUCAUGUCAACAGCAUUUCAAUGGAGACGGUAAAAACUGCCAGCACCCUGUGAGCGGUGAGUAUAGUUUUCAUUGGUCUGGGUUAGUUUAA